AUGGUUUCAGUUGUAAGAUUUAUUGUGGUACUCAUACCUCUCAUAUUUUCAUUAGCAGCUCUUGUAUUAGGUGCUUUAGCAUGUGCAGGUUCAACAAAGAAUGCAUCACCAAUUAAUCAUAUUUAUGAAUUUAAAUUAGAUAUGACAGAAGUUGAUAUAACAAAACUUAUAACUAAAAAUACUAUACUAGGUGCUUUCACUUCAUUAAGUGGUGUUACAAUUUCAGGUUCAGAUAUUGGAUUAAGUGAUAUGUACACAAUUGGUCAAUGGGGUUAUUGUAAAGGUGAUUAUGAUGAUGGUGAAUAUAAACCAUCAAAAUGUUCAGAUCCUCAAGCUAUGUAUGUUUUCGAUCCUGUUAAAUUAUUAGUUGAAGAUUUAACAAGUGGAACAUUAGAUAUUACAUCUGAUGAUUUAAGUUUACCAGAAUCUGUUGAAAAUAAUAGAAAACAAUUAAAAAUUGCAUCAAAAGCUAUUUUUAUAACUACAAUUAUUGGUAUUGUUGCUUCAGCUUUAACAUUUUUAUUCACUAUAGCAUCUUUUUGCUCACAUAUCAUUUCAUUUAUAUCAACAAUAUUUGCCAUUAUUGCAUUCUUAGGUUAUGUGAUUGCCGCUGCUGCCUCGACUGCUGCUUUCAACAGAGUUAAAACAAAAUUCAAUGAUGCUUAUAGUGAAUAUGGUAUGAAAGGUACUUUAGAUAAUAAUAGAUUUUAUGGUUUAAUCUGGGCGGCUACCGGUCUUGCCUUGAUUGUUGUUGUUUUAGAAGUUUUAGCAAUUUGUUGUGGUAGAACUAAAAAAAAGAGUUCUAAAGAAGCUAAAUCUCAAACUCCACCUUCACCAAAUGAAAAAGAACCAUUUAUGGGUUAUCAAGAAAGACAAGUUGUCUAG